AUGGGUCAGUCUGGCCACCGGUCAGUCUGGUCACCGGUCAGUCUGGUCACCGGUCAGUCUGGUCACCGGUCAGUCUGGCCACCGGUCAGUCUGGCCACCGGUCAGUCUGGUCACGGGUCAGUCUGGCCACCGGUCAGUCUGGUCACGGGUCAGUCUGGUCACCGGUCAGUCUGGUCACCGGUCAGUCUGGUCACGGGUCAGUCUGGCCAGCGGUCAGUCUGGCCAGCGGUCAGUCUGGCCACCGGUCAGUCUGGUCACGGGUCAGUCUGGCCACCGGUCAGUCUGGUCACGGGUCAGUCUGGCCACCGGUCAGUCUGGUCACCGGUCAGUCUGGUCACCGGUCAGUCUGGUCACCGGUCAGUCUGGCCACCGGUCAGUCUGGCCACCGGUCAGUCUGGCCACGGGUCAGUCUGGCCACCGGUCAGUCUGGUCACGGGUCAGUCUGGUCACCGGUCAGUCUGGUCACCGGUCAGUCUGGCCACCGGUCAGUCUGGCCACCGGUCAGUCUGGCCACCGGUCAGUCUGGCCACCGGUCAGUCUGGCCACCGGUCAGUGUUGUCACCGGUCAGUCUGGCCACCGGUCAGUCUGGCCACCGGUCAGUGUUGUCACCGGUCAGUCUGGCCACCGGUCAGUCUGGCCACCGGUCAGUGUUGUCACCGGUCAGUCUGGUCACCGGUCAGUCUGGUCACCGGUCAGUGUUGUCACCGGUCAGUCUGGUCACCGGUCAGUCUGGCCACCGUGUUGUCACCGGUCAGUCUGGUCACCGGUCAGUCUGGUCACCGGUCAGUGUUGUCACCGGUCAGUCUGGUCACCGGUCAGUCUGGCCACCGGUCAGUCUGGCCACCGGUCAGUCUGGCCACCGGUCAGUCUGGCCACCGGUCAGUGUUGUCACCGGUCAGUCUGGUCACCGGUCAGUGUUGUCACCGGUCAGUCUGGUCACCGGUCAGUCUGGCCACCGGUCAGUCUGGCCACCGGUCAGUCUGGCCACCGGUCAGUCUGGUCACCGGUCAGUGUUGUCACCGGUCAGUCUGGUCACCGGUCAGUCUGGUCACCGGUCAGUGUUGUCACCGGUCAGUCUGGCCACCGGUCAGUCUGGUCACCGGUCAGUGUUGUCACCGGUCAGUCUGGCCACCGGUCAGUCUGGCCACCGGUCAGUCUGGUCACCGGUCAGUGUUGUCACCGGUCAGUGUUGUCACCGGUCAGUGUUGUCACCGGUCAGUCUGGUCACCGGUCAGUCUGGUCACCGGUCAGUGUUGUCACCGGUCAGUCUGGUCACCGGUCAGUCUGGUCACCGGUCAGUCUGGUCACCGGUCAGUGUUGUCACCGGUCAGUCUGGUCACCGGUCAGUGUUGUCACCGGUCAGUGUUGUCACCGGUCAGUCUGGUCACCGGUCAGUCUGGUCACCGGUCAGUCUGGCCACCGGUCAGUCUGGUCACCGGUCAGUGUUGUCACCGGUCAGUCUGGUCACCGGUCAGUCUGGUCACCGGUCAGUCUGGUCACCGGUCAGUCUGGUCACCGGUCAGUCUGGUCCACCGGUCAGUCUGGCCACCGGUCAGUCUGGUCACCGGUCAGUCUGGUCACCGGUCAGUCUGGUCACCGGUCAGUCUGGUCACCGGUCAGUCUGGUCACCGGUCAGUCUGGCCACCGGUCAGUCUGGUCACCGGUCAGUCUGGGCACCGGUCAGUCUGGCCACCGGUCAGUCUGGUCACCGGUCAGUCUGGUCACCGGUCAGUCUGGUCACCGGUCAGUCUGGCCACCGGUCAGUCUGGCCACCGGUCAGUCUGGCCGCCGGUCAGUCUGGCCGCCGGUCAGUCUGGCCGCCGGUCAGUCUGGCCGCCGGUCAGUCUGGCCGCCGGUCAGUCUGGCCGCCGGUCAGUCUGGCCACCGGUCAGUCUGGUCACCGGUCAGUCUGGUCACCGGUCAGUCUGGCCACCGGUCAGUCUGGCCACCGGUCAGUCUGGGCACCGGUCAGUCUGGGCACCGGUCAGUCUGGGCACCGGUCAGUCUGGUCACCGGUCAGUCUGGCCACCGGUCAGUCUGGUCACCGGUCAGUCUGGUCACCGGUCAGUCUGGUCACCGGUCAGUCUGGUCACCGGUCAGUCUGGCCACCGGUCAGUCUGGCCACUGGUCAGUCUGGGCACCGGUCAGUCUGGCCACCGGUAACUUGGGAGCUUGAGAGACGUGUGUCACAGAGCUCUUCACAGGAGCUUGGCUCAGAGGCAGUCUGGGCUCCACAUUACAGCUAA